CUUCCGUGCCUUGUUUCUCGACUUGCUUCCUGGUUGUCAGUAGCUAACGUCUUGAUACUCUCCUCCACGAACUGAAGUUAUCCUGCAGUUAAGUUAUCAGACACGUUAUUGUAGCUGAUUGACUAUGGCAACACCGAGGCCGGAUAAGGGGAAAACAUAAAAUAUUGGUAAAUUGUAGAAAUCAUUACAAGUUGGCUAACUGCACUUAGCUACUCGAGUUUAUACAUAUCAGGUUAGCUUGCUAGCCGAUUUGGUCCCUUGUUGCUCACUAACUACCAAGCUAGCUACCAGGUUGCCCGGGGGAAGGAAAUCGUGGAAAUACGUCUCAAAUGUCAAAAUAGACCAUGGAGAACAAGGAGAAGGUACAGAUGAGGAACAACCCACGCAGGCAACUCAAAAAGUUGAGUGAAGACAGUUUGACAAAGCAACCUGAAGAAGUCUUUGAUGUGUUGGAGAAACUGGGUGAAGGGUCGUAUGGCAGCGUGUUCAAGGCGCACUACAAGGAGACGGGGGAGAUCGUGGCCAUCAAGCAGGUCCCAGUGGAGUCAGACCUGCAAGAGAUCAUCAAGGAGAUCUCCAUCAUGCAGCAGUGCAACAGCCCUCACGUGGUACGGUACUAUGGGAGCUAUUUCAAAAACAGCGAUCUGUGGAUCGUGAUGGAGUACUGCGGGGCGGGCUCUGUCAUUGACAUCAUCCGAUUACGCAACAAAACGUUGACGGAAGACGAGAUCGCUGCUAUCCUGCAGUCGACGCUGAAGGGCCUGGAGUACCUCCACUUCAUGAGGAAGAUCCACAGGGACAUCAAGGCUGGCAACAUCCUGCUCAACGCCGAGGGACAGGCCAAACUCGCCGACUUUGGUGUGGCUGGCCAGCUCACGGACACCAUGGCGAAGCGCAACACGGUGAUCGGCACCCCGUUCUGGAUGGCACCCGAGGUCAUCCAGGAGAUCGGCUACAACUGCGUGGCCGACAUCUGGUCGCUGGGCAUCACGGCCAUCGAGAUGGCGGAGGGCAAGCCUCCCUACGCAGACAUCCACCCCAUGAGGGCUAUUUUCAUGAUCCCCACCAACCCUCCUCCUACAUUCAGAGCCCCUGAGCAGUGGUCCGAACCUUUCAAUGACUUUGUAAAGCAGUGUUUAGUGAAGAACCCUGAAAACAGAGCUACGGCCACGCAGCUCCUACAGCACUCGUUCAUCAAGGGAGCCAAGCCCAGCUCCAUCCUGCGAGCGCUCAUCACAGACGCCAUGGAGAUCAAGCUGAAGAGGCUGGAGGCGGAGCAGAGGGAGCAGGAGGAGGACGACGACAACUCGGACGAAGACGAGGUGGACCAGGGCACCAUGGUGCGUGCGGGCACCUCGGACCUGGGCACCAUCCGGGCGGCGGGCUCCCUGGGCAGCUCGGCGGGCACCAUGAUCGAGCACGGCGGCGGCACCAUGGAGAGCCAGCUGGGCACCAUGGUCAUCAACUCGGACGAGGAAGACGAGGACGCCGGGACCAUGAAAAGGCGAGAAGAGACGAUGCAGCCGGCUAAGCCGUCCUUCCUGGAGUACUUUGAGCAGAAGGAGAAGGAGGCCAACAACCACGGAGGAGAGUCCCCCAACGCCGCCAACAACGCAGACAACCGCAAGCUCCCCGCAGAGGUGGACAUGGAGGUGAUGCGUUCGUGGAGCGUUGAGGAGCUGCGUCGGCGGCUGGCGUCUCUGGAUCCCCAGAUGGAGCAGGAGAUCGAGGAGAUCCGCCAGCGCUACCAGGCCAAGCGGCAGCCCAUCCUGGACGCCAUCGAGGCCAAGAAGCGCCGACAGAAGAACUAAAGGCGCUCCGCUCUGGUCCUGGUCCACCCUCGGGGGUCGGCCUGCUCUGUCCAAUAGCCUCGCUCAGCCUCAGCCACUACUUGGUUCACUAUUUAGGACAUACAUUGCAUUGUUUUGUUUGUUUGUUUUUUUUCCUUAAAGGGAUACCCAACCCCCAGGCGAAAUUGCAGUGACUGUAGCUAAGCUUAUUUAUCUUACGUUAGCUUAGCUUAGCAUAGUUGCUGUAACGUAAUGGCACUAUUUUAAAAUUCAGGGCUGCAGUGGCUCGGUUGCCUUAAAAACGCUUCUGCAGUGCACACGUAACCAACUCUAGGGCCUUCGUGGAGUGAUUCAAUUUUGCCUUGGGGGUGGGGCGCCUCUUUAACGUCAUGGUAUACUAUGUAGUGAGCAAACCUGGAUACAAUUCAGGGGUGAAUUUCUCAAAACCAAAGUUGCUUACUACAUUAGCUACUUUGUUGUUUUCAAUGCAUUUUCCCAUUGGCAACUACCGAAGUUGCUAACAGGCUAACAACUUCUCUUUUGAGAAACUCACCCCAGACCAAGAAGCAUUGGCAGAAGGACUGAUGCGCCUCACUUCUCGUCCAGAAGACUCAAUCAGUCAGUACAUUGUUCUACGAUAUAGGCCACAAGUGGCGUUGUUUUUUUUUUCUCUGCACAUGGAUAAGUGCGCUAAACGCGCUAAAUGCGAUAACUGAGCAUUUUGGAUGGAGCCUGGACACACGUUAAGGCAGAGAAUCAGCGGAAGAAAAACAUAAGGUGCCUUGUUCCUUGCAAAUAUUUGGCUCUCUGUCACUGCGUAGUGAGCUAUUUAGGCUGCCAGUUGCAUUACUUUCCCUUGAAGGAGAAUUCUUGCCAAUUUCAACACGCUCAUGCCACCUUUGACGUCACCUUGACGAUGGGGCAAUUCCUCUUCAGCCCUUUCCGAAAUUCCUGGCCAUUGUAAUGAGGGCAUGACUUUUCCCGAAAGUCUUUGCUGUUUUGAGCUGUUUGCUGAAAUUGCAUGACUUUUGUUUGAUGUUAUCUGGGGUAUGUUAAGACAUAACAAAUGAAAAAACCAACAACAAAAACCCCAUUAGAAUGGCCAAGAUCUCAGAAAGGGCUGAACAAGAAAAAAUGCUGUCAUCAGGUUCUUCUGACAAGUCAAAGACAGUAUGACCAGUUUAACUGCAUAUUGAUAUUGUUAAGAAUUCCCCUUUAACUGCAGAGUGCCCAAGUAGUGAAUGAGGCACCAUUUUGGUCUGAGCUUGAGACUUCGCAGCCCGGCUGCUGUCGCAUAUAUCAACUUCAGAAGUCCGAAGAUCAUCGAAGACAUUCCACGCUGCCUAGCAACCCUCCAUAACUUAUUUCAGUGCACUUGAACGUUGCAGUCUUUUCAUUUUCGGUUGGUACGGCUAAGUCGCAGCAGUGGAUGGUACUGUAUUGUUUUACAUAAUAGCAGUGUAAAAGUUUUUUUUUUGUCUGCCAUAACCAUUCAGACCAUCGUGAAUAAUAUUUGUGUUUUACUU